CGCGCCGCCGCCGCCGCCGCCGCCGGGGGGCUUGAGGCGGCCGGGCCGCGGGGAGGAUGCUGAGCCGCCUGCAGGAGCUGCGGAAGGAGGAGGAGACGCUGCUCCGGGUGAAGGCGGCGCUGCACGAUCAGCUCAACCGGCUCAAGGUGGAAGAGCUGGCCCUUCAAUCUAUGAUUAGCUCCAGAGAGAAGAAUGUAAUGGUCUCUCCACCAGGUAUCACAGAGGAGACUCAAAAAACCCUUGGGCAGAUGGACAAUGAGGCUGCUAUCAAUCAAACUGAAUUACAGCUAAGUAUUCAAGACCAUGAAGAGGAAGAGGAGGAUGAAUCGGACUCCUGAAGGGGGGGGAAAUGGGAGACAGCUGGUGUUAUUUAUCCUAGACUCAGGAAAUUCCCCUUUGUUCAAGCAAAACUUCCCAUCAGAUUCUACUUGGUGCUGUACACAGAUAUGAACUACAUAAAUGAAUGAAAAUUACUUUUGGAGGGUUCCAGUGAGGUUAGACUGGUGGCACAGAUGACACAAGCUUGUCAAAAUCUUGUUUUGGAUGUUAAAAGAAUGAAAAGUUGUUCCACAAAUAUGUAGCAUGAUCCCUUUUACAUUUAAAGCCUAAAAUGUAGUUUACUACUUGUUUGUAUAUAGGUGGGAAAAGUUAAUGUAGUUAACUAAUUUAGUUCACUAAAGCAAUAACUAUUCCAACUGUAAUUCCACAAAAGUGGAGAUUAGGAAAUUAAAGUGAUCUAGGAAAUGAAAAAUGAUGGCCCUUCCAGAAUUCAUGUAAUGUUAUACUAAUAAGUUAGUGUUGCACUUGUCAGCAGACAAAGCAUUUCCUCUCCUGCUGACUUGCAGAUACUAAAUCACUGCAGCUGAUUCUUGGAUCAUUCCUUAAAUAGAUGUUAGAAGGCAUAGAAAACCAAACUUGCGUUAUGCUGCUAAAAAUAGAAAAUAAAGGUAAUAUCUUAACUGAGGCAUCCUUGUCAACCUCUCAUACUAAUAAAAUGUUUAUACACUAGAUUUUAAAAAUCUGGUUUAUAAAAUGUGUGUAAAGCAUUCCAGUGUUGAUUAGGAUUAAGCUUUAAAGCUCCUGUUGAUGUCUCCCCUAGCAAUAGUAGCCCUGCACAAAAAUUUAGUAGAUAACCAAAUAAAUGUCAUUUAACUUAUUUAACAAAUGGGGAGGGGGAAGUUUGCAAUAUGUUCAGUGUCCUAGAUGUGGUUAUAAAACAUGAUCCAACUUCUAGAUAGCUCCUGCCCUUGAUUGUAGGAAAAUAUUUGAGGAAGGGCUCUUGGUUAAAGCUUAGCUUUGGUUUGUAGUUAUGGAAACUAACUUUUAGAAUGUAAGGAUAGCAUCAUCUUCUAUUGCUGAAGUUCAGCCUGGCUCUGAGUGUAAUUGAAGUUUCAAUCUUGUCUAGGAGAAUGAUUUGCAGGCUUUUCCCCAAACUCAUUAGGGCUGGGGGAGGCUAGGCAGAACGUUUCUGGGCCAGAUAUGUCCCAAGUUUAGGUGAGAAUGUCAGAAUAAUGGGAUUGUUUUUGAAAAGUGUAUACUCUUGCACAAGUAGUUUGUAAGGGUAGCGGGACACGACCUGUGUCGUUCCUUUGUUUUGUAGAGGUGAGUAUAUUUGCUGGCACUUGAUCCGACUCUUUCCCCUUAUCUCGAGACAGCGACAGCUUGUUGCCCUCCUUUCUCUUGCCUAAACUCCAGGCAAAACAUGUUCUGUAACAGUUAACCUUAGGCCUCAUCUAGUCUGGACAAUUUUGGCAUGUUAUUGUUGGCUGAGUGUCUAAAACGGUAGCACGUGUGUGUAAAGGCAUACUUUAUACCAUGUUAACCUUGCCCUGAUGAAGUCUAAAUAACACUUGUUCUUAGCCUAUGCUUGCUUUUAAAGUUGUAGUGCUAAUGUAGACAAGAAACACAAGCAAAUUAGCUUGCAUGCUACAAGUAGGCCUCCUGCCACUGUUCCACUGAGGCCAUAUGCACUUGAAGUGGCUAACAUGCUGCUGGAUGUGUGGAUAAGUGGAUUUACAUGUUCUGAGAGUUCUGGGCCACUACUAGUGUACAUAUGGUAUAGUUUUCUAGUGGAGACAGGACCUUAGCCUGAACAGCUUUUAAACUCCAUUUAAACAUGGUUUGUACUGUGGGACCAAAGGGUUUGGAUUUGAGCCAGGCGAGUGGAUGGAUACAUCAUUAGCAGUACUGAUGGCUGAUCUGCUGUUGAUGGAUGGAGGCAGACUGCCAUCCUCCUUCUGCAGCAUUUGAUCCUGCUAAGCAUGAGAAACUCAGGUAGAUGGCAGGAGUCCUGGGCAACGUGGUAGAAUGGUUUGAGUCCUUUCUGAAAGCAUUGGCUCAAAGCCCUAGUGAUGGAAAAGCUGCUCCUUUGCCACCAGAUGCCUUACUUUGAGUAUCAUCCAAGGAUCAAUGCUUUGUAGACUUCUACUCAAUGUUGGCAAUACAGUCCAUGUGCACAAUAUGCAGAUGAACACAGCUCUACUUUCUCUCUGCAAUGUACAACAAUGCCACUUUCAGUAAGUUAGUGAUUGGAUGAGACCAGCUCAUGGCUGAACAAAAGCUGGUUGAAGCUGAAUCCAGGC